AAAUAUAUAUUAGUAGAUUUAUAGUUAAUCAAGUCUUAAAUAUAAUUAUUAUUAUUUAUAAACUUAGAUGUAUUGUAUACGAAUUAUUUGUUUAUUUCUUUUUGGUUGAUAUUAUAAAAGUUGUCUCAUUUUUUGUAUAACAAACAAUCUUUAUCCCCCAAACAUAAUGCUCUACUAUUAUAAAUGUAUUUACCAAUUUUUGUAAUUUAUUAUGUUUUUUUGUAUUACAAUCGUAUUAAAAAAAAAAGAAGAAAAUAACACAAAAAUACAGUUUGAAAACAAAUGGAGAGCAGUUUUAUUUUUGAUGGUGCAACACGUUUACACUGCGAUUUUUUCUAAUGCGCAUGUCUUCAGAAAGUUAUGUUUAUUUGACAGCAAUCAAUUAAAAAUAAACAAAGAAGUUUCUAAAAUAAAUAUUUUGUUUAGAAAAUAAAUAUUAAAGUAGAAUGCAGGAUGUGGGAAAUUACAGAGGGAAGAUGACUAUUCUGCUGGUUGUUGUUGUUGCUUUAGCUGGAAUACUCUUCCACCAUUUUCAACAAUCCACAAGGAAGGAACACAAAUGUAAGGCUGCAGAACCCCAGUCCGCAGAGCCUGCUUCGUUACGAUUUCCUCCUGACAUUGAAAUGCCUUUACCACCUUCUUCAUCGGACUUGCAUGUCUUCCAGGAAGCAGCAGUUUGUUCGGAUAGUGAAAUCUGCAGUCGAAUUGGAAGAGAUAUCCUUCAACAGGGAGGAAAUGCUGUAGAUUCGGCUUUGGCUACCCUCGUUUGCAAUGGUCUGGUUACCAUGCAAAGUAUGGGAAUCGGUGGUGGAUUCAUAAUGAAUGUCUUUCAACAUUCAUUGAAUCACUCUUCGACUAUAAUUGCUCGUGAGACAGCACCAGCAGCUGUUAAAAUAGAUCAUUUUGCAUCUUCAAACGGGAAUGACCAAGGUUCGAACCUUCAGGGGCCACUGUCAAUAGCAGUUCCUGGAGAAGUUAUGGGCUAUGAUGUGGCACACAGAAAAUACGGAUCACUUCCGUGGAGACGAAUUCUUCAGCCGACUAUUGAUAUUUGUUUAAAUGGUUUUCAACUCUCUAAACAUCAGUGGGAUUCGUUGUUUUUUAAUCCUCGCAUUAGAAAUGAUGAAUACUUGAGGGAAAUGUUUGUGAACAAAACAACAGGUGAUUAUAAUCGAGUUGGUUCUAUUGUUCACCCUCCUGCACAACUUUGUGAGACAUAUAGAAUCUUAUCUCAAAACGGUCCUCAAGACUUUUAUACCGGAUUUCUAGCUGAAUUGAUUGCAAAAGAUCUAAAAGAUAUUGGAAGCAUAAUUUCUUUGAAUGACUUAAGAAACUAUAAAGCUGAUGUUUUAGAUUCAAUAAAAUUGAAUUUAGGGCCGGACGUACUGCACUUAGUGCCUCCAAUAGGAAGUGGUGUUGUUAUUGGUCAAGCCUUAAAAAUUCUCAAAGGAUAUAAUAUUGAAGAAAAUAAAGUUGACGAUAGAAUAGUGAUUCAUCGAAUUGUUGAAGCACUUAAGUUUGGAUUUGCAAGUAGAUGGGAACUCGGAGAUCCAGAUUUCAAUGAUCAAAAUAAGUUUUUAGAAAAAAUGCUUUCAACUGAAUGGGCAGAAGAACUGAGGCUUAAAAUUAAUGACACACAGGCAUUUAGCGAUCCUCAUUAUUAUGGAGGCAAAUCGAGUCCAGUAGACGAACAUGGGACCGGACAUAUAUGUGUUUUGGCUCCGAAUGGAGAUGCUGUAUCUGUUACAAGUACAAUUCAUUAUUAUUUUGGCUCAGCUAUCAUGGGCAAGCGUACAGGAAUUCUCUUCAACAGUGCCAUGGGUGACUUUUCAAUUCCUGGUUUAGAAAACUAUUUUUCCCUUCCACCAUCGAAAGCAAAUCUUGUCCAGCCAAAAAAACGUCCAAUGUCAUCAAUGACACCAACAAUAGUUACAACUACUAAAGGAGAUGUCAAACUUGUUGUAGGCGGAGCAGGUGGACCGAAAAUUAUUUCAGCUUUAGUUAACAUUUUAGUUCGAAUUUUAUGGUUGGGAUAUGAUAUUAAACAAGCAAUUGAUGCACCAAGAUUUCAUCAUCAAUUGAUUCCGAAUUUUUUAGAAUAUGAAUUUGGAAUGUUAAAGGAUGUUGUAACAGAGCUUGAAAAUAUUGGACAUUCAACAUUGCGUUAUAGAGAACGUGGCUCCGUGUUUUGUGGAAUCAUGAAAAAUGAAACAGCUGUGUACGCUAAUGCGGAUUUUAGAAAACUUGGAGGAGUUUUUGGAUUUUAAGGCUAAAAAACCUAUUACUUGCUUGUUAAAGGACGUUGAAAAUAAUAUUGUUUAAAACAA